UUCUCUCUCUCUCUCUCAGCCGUCCGUCCGUCACAUGGAGCCCAAUCAAGAGCCGAAGUGGGAAGGGAAGGCGAGGGCGAAGGUCAGAAGCGCAACAGCUGAUCAGGUAUGGCCCUUUUUAGAGGACUUCUCUAGCUUACACAAAUGGCUCCCUAGCAUCGACACGUGUCGCAUCGUGGACGGUGUAGCAGGGCAACCUGGAUGUGUAAGGUACUGCGCUGGCACAUCGGUCCCAUCGGACGGUGGUGGUGAGACCGUCAGUUGGGCCAAUGAGAAGUUGCUCAGCAUAGAUCCAAUCGGACGGACUUUAAGCUACGAGGUCAUAGAUAACAACGUUGGGUUUGGAUGGUACGUGGGGACUUUCAAGGUGUCCACAGAAUCGGACGGUGGAGAAGGGUGUACGAUCGAGUGGUCCUUCAUCGCGGAUCCGAUGCAGGGAUGGAGUCUAGAAGGCCUUGUUACCUACGUCGAGGAAUCUCUGAAAGCCAUAGCUCAGAGAAUGGAAGAUGCUCUUCAAACUAGCGUAUGAUUUUCGUGCGGACCCUCCCCUCUUUUUUUCUUUUCUUUUCUUCCUUUUUUUUUUUUUCAUGCUUAUCUUUUUAGAUGUAUGUGAUCUAAAAUCCCUCUUUAUUUUCAUAUGCGACAAUCUAUCUAGAAUUCAACGGUCAUUUGUUGACCA